CAGAGCUGUCUCGUGAAGCAGCAGGUGAAAGGAAAGAAAAGAACAACCCAAAAGAAAAUUAGGAAAACGAAAAACCCAAAAAAUUUCUUUUCUUUCCUUUCCCUUUCUUUCAUCCUCUAACUAUACUAUUCUCCCCUUCUUCAACUCUCACCUCUGCAAAACCCCAUCUCUCUCUCUAUCUAUCUACUCUCUAAACAUUCACAUUCAUUCUUUGCUUCCUCCUUUUGAAUCACGAGAUCCCCAUCUCUUUUAUUUUCUCUCUCCUUACUUCCCCUAUUUCCUUUCUCUCAUGUCUUCUUCAAAAACUUCUCUUUCUAAUUAUUUCUUCUUCCAUUGCUGCGUCCUAUUUACUUCCACCGUUUAACAUUGCUCAAAGACUGAGACUUGAGAGGAAGGAGGUGGAAAAGGGGAAAGAGUAAGCACAUUUGUUGUAUAUCGUAGGAAAUUUUGCAGGGGGGGGGGAGAGAGAGAGACAGUGUGUGUGUGUGUGUGGAUUGAGGGGAGUAAAGAUUGAAAAAAAUGGCUCAGUCUGGAAAACCCAUUACGGAUAUUAGGUUGGAUUCCUUGAAUGAUCGGUUAAGAAACUCAUUGAACUGUGUCGAAGACGAUAAUGAUAACAACUUUAACAAGCCGGACUUUCGAGAACUCGAUCUGGGUUCGCCGGUCUCGCCGUUGAGGACUCGUGGUGGAGCCACUGCUACCACUACGACGACAACUACUACUACGAGCAGUAGCUCCAGCUCGUCUGGAUCGGUAUCGGGUCGAAAUGGGCAAGGCCAGGUGGUUAAAAAGUCGGAUUUAAAUCAUUCCGGCGAACUUUCCGGCACGGCGGAGAGUUCUCCGACCGGUGGCCGGGGAUUUAAGCCGGGUCAUUCCCGAUCAGAUUCGGGUGGGACCCACCCCUUGAUAUACUCCGGUGGGAGUGGGAGCUCUGUUACUUCGCCGGGGGUCAAUGUGCUUCCCAGCGGGAAUAUCUGCCCUUCCGGCAGGAUUUUGAAGACUGGCAUGGCGAGCCGGUCGUCCAAGACUGAUGUGUUGGGGUCCGGGACUGGUAAUUACGGCCACGGAAGUAUAAUGCGGGGUGGCACCGGAGCAAAAUCCGCCGUUGGUUGCGGCGGGGAGAGAGAAAGUGUGGGCCUUGCCAGCCCAGCACCGACAAAUUUAAGAGGCGGUGGCCUCAUGGUUGGAGAGCCAACAAGAAGGGGUGGGGCUGGAUUGUUGAAUAGUAAUGAUCCAGAAGAGUUGAAAAGAUUAGGAAAUGAGAAUUAUAAAAAGGGUUAUUUUUUGGAGGCUUUAACUCUUUAUGAUAAAGCCAUUGCGAUUUCACCAGGUAAUGCUGCUUACCAUUGCAACAGAGCAGCUGCAUUGAUAAGUCUGAAGCGGUUUCCAGAGGCAGUGAGGGAAUGUGAGGAAGCUAUUAGGUUGGAUCCAGGAUACGUGAGGGCACACCAUCGGUUAGGGUCUUUGCUUGUUAGUUUAGGACAGGUUGAAAAUGCCAGGAGGCACCUUUGUAUUCCAGGGCACCAGACAGAUCCAGUUGAGCUACAGAAGUUGCAAGUUAUUGAGAAGCGCCUAAGUAGGUGCACUGAUGCUCGGAGAGUUGGUGAUUGGAAAAAUGUGCUUAGGGAAGCAGAAGCUGCAAUUGCUUCUGGAGCUGAUAGUUGUCCUCAGCUAUUGGCAUGUAGAGCAGAAGCCCUUUUAAAGCUGCACCGAAUAGAUGAUGCUGAUUCAAGUCUUUCAAGCACUUCCAGACUUCAUACAUCAGACAAUUUGAACUCCCAAAUAAAGUUUUUCGGAAUAGCAUCUGAUGCAUAUUUACCCUUUGUUAGAGCUCAACUGGAGUUGGCGCUUGGAAGGUUUGAAGAUGCACUUACAGCCAUUGAGAAAGCAGGGCAGAUUGAUCCUCGGAGUGUUGAAGUCUCUGUUUUACUCAGCAAUAUAAGGAUGGUCAGUCAAGCUCGUUCCCGUGGCAAUGCUUUAUUCAAGUCCGAGAGAUAUACUGAAGCAUGCUCAGCUUAUGGGGAAGGUCUCAGACUUGAUCCCUCAAACUCAGUUCUCUUGUGCAAUAGAGCAGCAUGUUGGUUUAAGCUUGAAAAAUGGGAGCUAUCUGUAGAUGACUGCAGCCAAGCUCUGCGUAUCCAGCCAAAUUAUACUAAAGCAUUGCUUCGAAGGGCUGCCUCAAAUAGCAAGCUUGAACGGUGGGCUGAAGCUGUGCAAGAUUAUGAGGUUUUGAGAAGGGAACUUGCAUACGAUAAUGAAAUUGCUGAGGCGCUAUUCCAUGCACAAGUUGCCCUAAAGAAAUCCCGGGGAGAAGAUGUUUCCAAUAUGCAAUUUGGUGGGGAAGUUGAGUCGGUUUCUUGUCUUGAGCAGUUUCGGGCUGCAAUUUCUUCACCUUGUGCUUCUGUUGUACAUUUUCUAGCAUCAUCAAACCUACAAUGCAAGCAGAUAUCUCCAGUCCUAGACGCAUUAUGUGCGAAAUAUCCGUCCAUAAACUUUCUCAAGGUUGAUGUCGAAGGGAGCCCUGCAAUUGCUAAUGCGGAACACGUAAGAAUUGUACCUACAUUCAAGAUUUAUAAGAAUGGUCGCCGGGUGAAGGAGAUGAUAUGCCCUAGUAAAGAGCUGUUGGAGUCCUCGCCCAGCUCCCCCUGCUUCAGUGCAAACGGUCAUUCCUCCUGCCAUAUAGUUCUGCUGAACACCUGUGACAUAAGCAGAGCACGGCAUAAUAAUCUUGUUAGAUGUCAAUGUCAGGCAAGGGCCAGAAAGAUCCAAAAAGAUAGCUUAGUUCUCUUUUGCCCUUUCAUUUAUUCAUUCAUUCAUCCUUUCUCUUGUUCCAUCUUUUCUACCGAUCUUACAUUUUUCCGAAAUUUUAAGUUCAUAUCUUUUCCGGUUUUAUAUAGCCUGGCCUGUGUUCCUGAUAUUAUCUCUCCUCCAGUUGAGGGUAGAAAUAGUUGAGAGAGGAUGUACAAUCGAUUAAAGUUGUUUAGUUGAAUUCUAGCCAGAGAAAAAGAGACAUGGCUGGCCGGGUUGGCUGGCUUUAGAAGCGGAUCCUGUACAUGUACAUAUUGGUGAAUGAUACAUACAAAACCAUUGGAGGCCAUUUGAGGGAGAUUGGAUGUCAUGUCUGGUGGGUAGUUAACCGGGUUAGUGAAAGAAGGAUGGAUAUGAUGAUGAUGAUGAUGUUAUUGAUAUUAAUGUUUAUCAUUGCUCAACCAUUUCAUCAAUAAAAAUUCUUUAUUAUUGUUGUUGUUA